GCCGCACGGGGCGCCAGUAGCGGCCCGCACUCGGCUGGGGGAAGAGCUCUGCCGCGCCGCCGCCGCCGCCGCCGCAGCGUGCAGACGCCGCACGCGCUUCCCAGUGACCCGAGCCGAGAGGUGGGCGCGCGCGCAGUGCACGGCCCAGGCUGACCCCUGCGAAGUGAGCGAGCCUCGAGCGCGGGCCUUGGGUGAGGAGAGACGGAGCAGAGGUCAGCGGGGAGCGCCAGGUGACCCGGCGGGACCUGACCCACACCCCGGGCAGGACGGAGCCGUAACCGCCGACCGUCCCGAACUCUGCCGUCCGCAGCUGGGGCAUCGGCGGUCUCACACGCGCCACACUGAUCGGAAAGCAGACGAUCCAGGGCUUCAUGGGACAACAAUCUAUGUGAUUUUAAGUGGAACGCAUCACAUAUCAAAGGCGCGGUGGGGACGGCAGAGCGGCCGGCGCGGCUCGCCAUGGAAGGGCCGCCGCUGUCGCCGGCGCCGGCCGAUAACGUGACGCUGAACGUGAGCUGCGGCCGGCCGGCGACGCUGUUCGACUGGGCCGACCACCGGCUCAUCUCGCUGCUGGCGCUCGCCUUCCUCAACCUGAUGGUGGUGGCCGGCAACCUGCUGGUCGUGAUGGCCGUGUUCGUGCACAGCAAGCUGCGCACCGUCACCAACCUGUUCAUCGUGUCGCUGGCCUGCGCCGACCUGCUCGUCGGCAUGCUGGUGCUGCCCUUCUCGGCGACGCUGGAGGUGCUCGACGUUUGGCUGUACGGCGACGUCUGGUGCAGCGUCUGGCUGGCCGUCGACGUCUGGAUGUGCACCUCGUCCAUCCUGAACCUGUGCGCCAUCAGCCUGGACCGCUACCUGGCCGUCAGCCAGCCCAUCAGCUACCCGAGCCUGAUGUCGACGCGCCGCGCCAAGCAGCUGAUCGCCGCCGUCUGGGUGCUCAGUUUCGUCAUCUGCUUUCCGCCGCUGGUCGGUUGGAACGACCGGCCGGGCACGCUGAUCGGCUCGCGGGGCUCCUCGGCGUGCCGGCUGACCUGCGAGCUGACCAACGAGCGCGGCUACGUCAUCUACUCGGCACUCGGCUCCUUCUUCCUGCCCAGCACUGUGAUGCUGUUCUUCUACGGCCGUAUUUACCGGACGGCAGUGAGCACGACGCGCGCCAUCGCGCAGGGCUUCCGCACCACCAAGGAGGACGAGGAGGGCCGGCUGACGCUGCGCAUCCACCGCGGUCGGUCGGUGACGCAACGCGCCGAGCAGGCGGCCGCCGGCGGCGCGCGCGCGCACGGCCAGGUGCGGCUGACGCUCAGCGAGCCCGGCGCGCGCCGCCAGAACAAGCCCUCGUUUGUGGUGCACUGUCGCGAGGACAGCCGCGCCAAGAACCAGUACGAGAUCUACACGGUGGUUGAGGGUGACUCGCGGCCGGGCCGGCGCGUGCCGCAGCCGCAGCGGCCCGCCAAGAAGCUGAGCUCGGCCUCGCAGAGCUCCGAGGACGACUCGCGGCCGCCGCGGUUCAUAUCACGCGUCAGCCGGCGGAACGUCAGACACCAGGCGCGGCGGUUUCACAUGGAGACCAAGGCGGCAAAGACGGUGGGCAUCAUCGUGGGCCUGUUCAUCCUGUGCUGGCUGCCAUUCUUUGUGUGCUACCUGGUGCGGGGCUUCUGCGCCGACUGCGUGCCGCCGCUGCUGUUCAGCGUGUUCUUCUGGUUGGGCUACUGCAACUCGGCCGUCAACCCGUGCGUGUACGCGCUGUGCAGCCGCGACUUUCGGUUCGCGUUCAGCAGCAUCCUGUGCAAGUGUGUGUGCCGGCGCGGCGCCAUGGAGCGCCGGUUCCGGCGGACGCUGCUGGUGGGCAACCGCAGUCAGACAGAGGAGGACUGUGAGGUGGCCGACUGACCGGGCCGGCGGCGGGCGCGGCGCCGAGCCCGCCGGCCCCCGCCGCCCCACGACCGCGACCCCGACCCCGACCGCCAGUCCCACCCCACCUCCGACCACGUACAAACCCGGCUCUAGUCAGACCGCGCCGCGCCGCCCGACCAGAAUCAAAACUAAGCGAGGUCGCCGGCGAACUCUUCGCUCGCGCUGGCGAACGGCAGCGCGCCGCCGCGCAGCGCACUCCACCCAGUGGAUCUCCGAUCGCGCUGGCAGUGUGCGUGCUCCUGUGCAGAGUGAAUGAUUAGGGACUCCAUGCAAAUGACGCUAAUUGUUAGGCGCACUACAAUUAUCCCGGCGGAGCGACAUAUUCACCGCUAGAUUGCGCUGAACUUGACUCGUAUGUUUUGUACUUGCAGCAAAUUGACUGACAAGAUAAGUAUUAGCUCCUGAAUCAAGACUGUUCAUGGGGGAUGAGGCAGUGUGAGUGUGCCUCUCAGGUGACCAAACGAGAGGCAUCUCACGAGCUCCGUCUUGCGGCGGUGGCCGAACGCUCUCCAUACUUGUGAAGCAAUGACACAGGCCCGCGCCCGACAGGCUAGAGGCCAGCGGUGCGCAUUGGGUACUGUGUUCCACCGGUUCUAUACUGUUUGACUGGUGCGUACUGCGUAUGGCUGUCUUGCAUCUGCUCUCCGAUACAUACUCCAUCGCUCAGGAAUGGAUAAGUUUUCAAAUGCAUCAUGUAGCUCUAGACGUAUCAUGACCAAUUUGUCCUUUAGGAAAUUCGGAGGAUUUUGAACCGUUUGUACCUACCUACCAAAUGUUGGCGGAUCUAUUUAUGAGUCUUGUGGAAAACUGUCAACUUCCCUGUCACUUUAAAAAUGGACAGUCAAACAGUGUCAUUUAUCGCGCAAUCAAAG